UUGCAGCAGAAGUGGGAGUGGGUACCUGUCAAAUUUGGGUACCCGCUCCCACUUCCAGUCCGAUUGCCUAGGCGGUCGGAAACGGAAGGUGUCCUCCCUCCCUCCCUCCCUGUAGUCUUUUGGGACACGUGACAGGUCCCAGAAGGCUACAGGACCAUUCAUGAAGUGCAGCGCUACUCACACAUGCGCAGUGGGUACCCAGCUGUGAAGCCGCAAGCUAUCACAGCCGGGUGCCCACACUGAAGAUGCCGGCCUCCUAGAAUACAGGACGGCCGGUGAAAUGGGCUGUGGGGGACACACCACGG